AUGGUUACCAACUGUAAGCUUUCUGCCACUGAUGCUGUUGAGAAUGUUUCUCAAUAUCGCAGCAUUGUGGGAGCAUUACAAUAUGUUGUGAUCACUCGUCCAGACAUUGCAUUUGCUGUUAAUCGUGUGUGCCAAUUCAUGCAAGCUCCUCUUGCAACUCAUUUUCAAGCAGUGAAACGCAUCUUACGAUAUUUACAAGGAACGAUUGAUUUUGGUUUGCAUUUCUUGACCUCUUCUAGAUUGUCUUUGACAGGCUUUGCUGAUGCAAGUUGGGGAGCAGAUAUUGAUGAUAGGCGAUCUACAUCUGGGUAUUGUAUUUACUUUGGAGGAAAUCUAGUUGCAUGGAGUUCAAGAAAACAACAAGUUGUAGCUCGUUCAACAGCUGAAGCAGAAUAUAGAAGUGUUGCAUGUGCAUCUGCUGAAAUGAUAUGGCUUGAAUCCUUGUUGAGUGAACUGCAUAUUGUUCCUCAUGGGAAACCUACGUUGUGGUGUGACAACUCAAGUGCUGUUGCUGUUUGUGCCAAUCCGGUUUUACACUCAAAAUUCAAACAUGUAAAACUUGAUCUUUUCUUUGUUCGCGAAAUGAUUGCAGCAGGAAAACUACAGGUUCUUGAGGUCCCUGCAUAUGAACAGGUUGGUCGUACCAUCAUUUGGGGGCUACAGGUCUGGUUUCUAGUUCUGCGAUUGGUGGUGGGGGUAGAAGAAGGAGACUUCUUCCGGAUUGAUUACGCCCAAGCCCGAGCUGAGUGA